GCCGGCCCCGCGGGCCGCGCACGGGCCAGCCGCGCCGCCGGGCCGCGGGCGCUCGCGGCGCCGCCGGGGCCGGCCGCCGUGCGGGCCGGCGCCUGGGCGGCGCCGGUGUGGCGGGCCCCGGCGGGCGCAGAGCGCGGCGGGGCCGCGGAGGCGGGCGCUCGCCCUUCAGGCGCCCCCGGUGGCGGGCCGUUCGGGUCAACAAGCAGUGGCGACGCGUGUUGGCCUGACUCAAUCAGGACGCCGCCCUGCGCGGCGGGCGCGCCCGCGGCCGCGACGCAGGCGGUCUCGCCGCCCCCGAGCUCUGGAGACCCCGCCCGCCGCGUCGCGCUGGAGGGUGGUGGCCUGAGCGGCGUCACCACCGUGAGGCUCAAGAACCUUGAUCUGGCGCUCUCGUCGAAGGAGUUGGCCCGCGUUCUCAACGACCAUGGUUUCAAGGACUCCUGCGACAUGAUUUACGUACCUCUGGAUGCCAAGAAGAGGGCGAACAACAGGUCCAUCGCCUUCGUGAACUUCAGGGAGUCCUCGGCUGCAGAGGCCUUCUACCAGAGGUUCCACAACCAGGACAUGCCCGGUGCCGGCGUGCCGGGCAAGUCGUUGGAGGUAACCCCGGCAUAUGUGCAGGGGUUCGAGGAGAACAUCUUGAAGGGGACACACAUUUGCACAACCAUACACUUUCGGAGAUCCGCGCGGAUUCCUUGGAUCGGCGCUGGGGCCCUCUGGCCGCGCCUCUGCCGCCCACCGUGGCGCGCUUCGCGCGCCAUGGAGGUGGUAUCAGAGCGCAGAUCCAACAGUGCCGCGCGGAGCGAAAGUGUAUGUUUAUGCAGCGGUCUCUUCCUCGGACGUCGCUCUUCACUUGCCCUCCCUGGUCCCGAUGCAGAACUGCAUCCUCUGCCUGUACUGAGCCGGGCCUCCAGCGCAGGCUCCCUGCACCUUGCGCUGGCGGCAGCGGCCGCGCCCCUAGAGCGGCCAGGCGGCGGGUUGGCCGCGCGGACGGCCUUCAAGCGCAAGCGCCAGCGCGGACGGCCUUCAAGCGCUCGCGUGCGAACCACGUAUGUUGAGAGUCGCGCGCGGGGCUUUCAAGCCUCGCUGAUUGUGCGUGGCGCUUUACGCCACCCCAGCUCGACCACGCCCCCCCGCAGAUGUUGA